AAAGUUUAAGUAAACAGACCCAAAGCAAACAGACAAUGAGUAUAUGGACCACUCUAUUUGCUUUGGUUUUAACUUUGUGGUUAUGGGGUAUGGAGUGUAGACUGAAGAGGGAAAAGAUAACGUAGAGCAUGUUAGCAUAAGGCUGCAACAUAAUGUGUUGCAAAAACAACAACAACAAAAAUAAUUUGCACCUAACGGAUACAUCAAAGCAAUGAAAAAAAAAAUUCUGCACCAAUGUGCAUUUGGGAGUGUAUACUAUGCAUACCAAUGUGUAACCGACAUCUUGGAUAACUGAAAAGAGCUAGAUCAUGUUGGGGUGGGGUGGGAUUUGAAUUUUGCUGCAAACGUUGCAUAAUGCUUGCAAAAAUGAAAGUGAAAAUAAAACGGAUGCAUAUAUAACAGUUCUGGUGUGGGUCUGAUUUUAGUAUCUUCUGCUGAGACAAAUCAGAUGUGCUCAAGGAUAGAGCUGAUAUAAAUAUAUUGAAGAGAGAAAAAUGGGAUCAUCAGAGUCUACAGUGCCACGGCCACCAUCACCACCACCACCAAAUCCAGAACUGGAUAAACCAUGGAGGAAAUUUGACUGGGGACAGAAAGAAGACCUAAAAAAAAAGCUUGAAAACUUCUGUCCAAGUCAUCCAGAUGUAAAGGACAUCAAGAUCCUGUUAGCUGGACCGAUCGGAGCAGGAAAGUCCAGCUUUAUUAACUCAGUUGAUAGCGCCUUUCUGGGACGGAUCUCCUCUAGAGCACUAGUUGAUACAUCUGGUGGUGACAGUCAAAGUUUCACUAAAAAUCUCAAAGGAUUCUCCAUCAGAUGUGGGAAAAAAACUUUGCCCUUCAUCUUCAAGGACAUCAUGGGCUUGGAACCUGAAAUAUUGGCUGGGUCACAAACAGAAGAUAUCAUUAAUGCUUUGUAUGGACAUGUCAAGGAUGGCUAUAAAUUCAACCAGGAGCAGGCACUCGGUUAUAAUGAUCAACAUUACAUCCGUGAACCCAACCUCUCCGACCAGUGUUUCUGCCUGGUUUACGUUAUAGCUGCGGAUACAGUCCAAUUCACAGAUGAUCGUCUCAUUGACAAGUUGAGGAUCAUCCGCCAGAAAAUCAGUGAAAAGGGGAUUCCUCAAGUUAUUGUCAUGACUAAAGUGGAUGACGCAUGUCCUCUGGUCAAAAAUGAUCUUAGGAAGAUCUACAAAAGUAAGAAGAUCAAAGAGAAGAUGGAGUUGUGCAGUGCCAAAGUGGGUGUGCCAAUGAGCCACAUCUUCCCAGUGAAGAACUACCAUGAUGAGAUUGACACAAACAAUGACGUUGAUGUUCUGAUACUUAAAGCAAUUGAACAGAUUGUUCAUAUUGCCAAUGAUAGAUUGGAGGAUAGUGAAAGCUUCUAACAAUAAA